CUCUUGCAGGAGUACAUCAAGGGCGUCUGCGAGCCGGAGCUGGAGGAGCGCGAGCACUACCCCAAGGCCAUGCACUGCAUCUUCGUGGGCGCGCAGGGCCUGUUCCUCAAGAGCCUGAUCCAGGACACCUGCGCCGACCUCUGCGUGCUGGACGUGGGGCUGCUGGGCAUCCGCGGCAGCGCCGAGGCCGUGGUCAUGGCCCGCAGCCACGUCCAGCAGUUCGUGAAGCUCUUCGAGAGCCGCGAGAGCCUGCCCGGCUGCCAGAAGGAGUCGGAGGUGAAGAGGGAGUUCCGGCAGGUGGUGGAGGCGCGCGCCGACAACUACACCAUGGACUUGCUGAUCCUGCCCACGCCCCUGAAGAAGGAGCUGCUGGCGCUCACGCUGGGGGAGGACACCCUGUUUGAGGCGGGAGACGAUGACGUCAUUGAGGUCCGAGAGCCUGAACCGACGGCGGGCGCACCCAGCGCGGCCACGGGGCUGAGCGUGGACGGGGCGGCUCUGCGGGAGGAGGCGAGAAGCGGGGCCGGGACCCCCGUUUCCGAGCUCACGAAACAAAUGGACUCCGUGUUCUCUAGCGCCCAAGACGCGCUCUUCCCUCCCGUCAACGGCCUGGCCCCCGAGGACGAGCCGGGCCGGGGCAGGGCUUGCCACAAGAGGCGGUCCUCCGACUCCGAGGAGCGGCACACCAAGAAGCAGUUUUCCCUGGAAAGCGUGGAGGGGGCCGAGCCGGCGCCGGACGCGAAGCCGGCCGCUGCAGCUGUCCUCGCCGACCUGUCCGAGGCGCCCGGCGAGCCGGACGGGUUAAGCCCAGACGGGAAAGACACCACCGAGGAGAUGGAGCACAACAUCCUGGUGAACUUCUUCAAGACCAUGGGCUACUCGCAGGAUAUCGUGGAGAAGGUCAUCCGGGAGUACGGGCCGACCGCCGAGCCCCUGCUGCUGCUGGAGGAAAUCGAGAAGGAGAACCGGCGGAGCCAGGAGGAGCGGGAGUCUGCGCCCGAGACCAGCAGAGCCAAACACAAGGGAGUUUGUAGCAGCACCAACGAGUUCACCGUGGAUUCCACCCCAAAGAAAGUGCAAGCUCACGCACAGCAAAAUACGGUGAAGAAAUUUUCUCCGCUACCGUUCAAAGUGGAAUCAAAACCGUGUACCUCAAACUGCAGAAUGAACGCUUACAAAACAGGGCCGAUGGAGCAGAGGCCGGAGCCCUGGGGGCCGCACCCCAACUACGGCGGGAACAUGGACCUGGAAAUCGAUGGCUUUGCCCCCUCCGUCGCCCCCUCCAGCCCCAGUUUUGUUUCGAGGGGAGUGUCAGGUCACCAGCCCAGGAUUCCGGUUUUCCCCGAGAAUGGGGUGCAGCCGCACGGAGAGGCCCUGCUCCCCAACCAUCUCAAGUCGGCCUGUGAGAGCCGGGCCGGCUGCCUCGGCUCCCCGCAGUCCAGGCCGAACUGCCAGCCCCUCCCGGCCACGCCGCUGCCCCCGCUGGGGCUCUCGGCCGGGUUCUCCGAUCACAUCGACUCCUCCGUGACGGGGGUGCAGAGGUUCCGAGACACCCUGAAGGUGCCCUACAAGCUGGAGCUGAAGAACGAGCCGGGGAGGACGGACCUGAAGCACAUCGUCAUCGACGGGAGCAACGUCGCCAUCACUGUGUUUGCUGGCCUUUGCUGUGCUGUCGGCAGUUCCUCCGGGGAAGCCCAGCGAAUGGCCACAGCCGCCGCGUUAUCUGAGGAAAGUGUAAGUGCGCUGCAGUCACAGCCCGCCAGCACCAGUUCCUCAUUGUCACAAUGUUUGCAGCCAAAUGAUGAUAUAAAGUGUAGGUCACGAUUGUGAGUAACAUUAAUCCUUGGUCGUUUUUCUGUAUGUGGAAAGAUUUCCCAGAUUGCUGUUCAAAGAAUAAGAAAUGCAAAUUAACCUAGGAUAAGUGUUGAUAACGACA